AUGGCGCUGUCCACACUGCCAGACGACAGCUUCUUGUGCGCUUUCUGCAAGUGCAGCUUCAAUGAGCUGCUGCUGAGGCCCGCGUUUUUCCCACAGAUAGGGCACACUUUGAUUGAUGGCCUCCUCUGCUGCCACUCCAUCGAGACUUGGCCGUGCAACUUUUUGUCUAAUUCCACAAGUAUCCUUGCAAACCCGUCAUUGGGCUGGGCCCUACGGUGGGCCCGCUUCAGGGCAUUCCAUGCUUGCAACAGAGGACAAACUCAUUACUAUGUUCCAGAAACAAACAUUACCAGCUUCCUAAUACUGAAAGAUAAUAUUAAACAUUUCCAGCCAGAAGAGAAUAAAUAUGAUCAUUUAAUGCUGCCAUCACGCGAGACCAGCAAGUACCAAGAACAGCAGCUAGUGGUGACAGAAAGAAUAAGAUUUUCUUUCUCAACGAUAUUCAAGUUUCUAUACGUUCACAAACCUUUGCAAAUCUGUGGAAGUCACGGAGCUUUGAUGUCAGCCUCAAGCUACGAAAGACCUCAUUAUUCCCCUUGCUCAACUUCCCAUGACAACUUUCACGUGGCAUUGGAGAACAACUAUCUAAACUUUCUCUAUGCCCCACAGAUGAUGGCCUUAAAGGUGUUCUCCUUAAUUCCGAAUCAUUCAAAUCUGAAGAGCAAUCACCAAGGACUCGUUCCCGACUGGGUGGGGACGAACAGUUUACCUCUGUCCCUUUAA